GCACCGAUACCGUACUGUCAGUACAAUGCCAGCGGUUGUGUAGCACGAAACGUGAUCGCUACUAGUUACACAAUAGAUGCGCGUGCUGUCCAAAAACAAUUGUUAUUAAAUGUAAAUGUGCUUCCGGAAUUUUGUUACUUUUUAGUAUUGGCACAGUAUUGGAAUAUCAGUGACAAGGCAUGGGUUUCCUGGUAUGGCUAUUAGCAAUAAUUGGCGCGAUAGCAAUUUUAUGGAAAGUGAGUUCGAUAGCAAGAUGGUUUAUAAAAUGGACGUUAUUUAUUAUUGUUUCGCUUGUGAGCGCAACCUUGCCAAUUCCAGUGAUGCUUCUAAAGCCAAGGGACCCUAGAAAUGCUUUAAUUCCAGCUGCUGCUUUAAGGGUGUUCUGCAACUUGUUGGGGAUAAAAGUAACAGUUGAAGGACAUGAAAACAUCAUAAAAGACAGCGGCUGCGUAGUUCUAAUUAACCAUCAGAGCCAGUUAGACUUAUUAGUGUUGGCAUACCUAUGGCCAAUUAUGGACAAUUGUACUGUGAUAGCAAAGCAAGAGGUCUUCUAUUUACAGCCUUUCGGUUUGGCAGCUUGGUUAUGGGGAACUAUUUACAUCAACAGAGUUAAGUCGAAAGAUGCUCAGGAGGCAGUAAACAAAACUGGAGAGAUUAUUAGAAAAAGAAAGGCUCGGGUACUUAUUUUUCCGGAAGGAACUAGAAACUUAGGAAAACCUAAAUUGCUGCCAUUUAAAAAAGGCGGAUUCCACUUGGCUUUAGCCUCACAAGUUCCUCUUCAACCAGUAGUGGUAACGCCGUAUAAAUUUUUGAAAAACUUCUCAUUUGAAUCAGGAGAUGUUAAAAUAAAAAUUCUUCCUCAAAUUCGUACCAGUGGUCGUAGGAAAGAUGAUAUUCAAGACUUAAUCGACGAAUCCUAUAAAAUCAUGUCUGAAGGUGUCGCAAGUUUAACCAGCGGUGAUCAUCAGCAAGUUAAUGGGUUUAGUAAUGGAAAGAAAACCGACUAGAAAAAUGUGAACAUUUAGAAAGAAAAACUCCAUGUACAAACCAUUUGGUAUAAGUGAUUUAGACUGAUGUAAUUAGUGUAAUUUAUAAAUAUAUUUUUGUAAGUACUUGUUGCCAGUGUUGAAUUAUUAGAAUAUUUAUAAGACAAAGCCUUUGUUAAUUGUUCUUAAAAUCCUUCUGAAAACUAUUAUACAAUUUCUAAUAAAAAUAGUUUUUUAUGAA